AUGGGCAACGUCUGCACCGCCUUCGGGUACGACCAAGCGCCGACGGACGACGACGAAUGGGACCGCCGGGUCGUCAUCGCACCCCAAGGCGACCACGUCGCCACGGUCAUCUGGCUCCACGGGCUCGGCGACACGGGGCAGUCGUGGCAUCGCCACGUCACCGCCCUUGGCCCGCUGCAUGGUGUCAAGUACAUCUUCCCGACCGCGCCGACGCGGCGCGUGACGCUCAAUGGAGGCAUGCAGAUGCCGGCGUGGUACGACAUACUCGGCCUUCGCCCGCAGGACCGCGAGGACGAAGUCGGCAUCCAGCGCGCAGCCAACAUGCUCGCCAAGCUGAUUCAGGCAGAGAUCGCGCGGGGCAUUCCACCGAGUAAGAUCGCGGUCGUCGGCUUUAGCCAAGGCGCGGCCGUCGCGAUGCACACGUGCUACCGCCUCUUGACGUUCCCAUUGGCAUGCGCCUGCCACGGCGGAAAGGACACGCUCGUGCCGCUGGCCUUCGGCAAGCAGUCGAACCAGCUGCUGCAGGCGCAUGGCGUUGCCUGCGACUUUGUUGCGUACCCGGCGCUGGGCCACACGGUCGACACCACCGAACUCCACCGCGUCCACUCGUUUGUGGCCACGCACUUGCAGAUCGUCGGUCGAUAA